CAAACAAACAACCAAGAAGGAUUUUUCCAUCCGAAAGUGACAUCGGUGUGUGGCUCUUUUGUGUCCCAGCCUGCCCUCGUCUGCAACAUAUUUUCGGCUGGCUGCUUGCCUCUUCCCACAGCCUUUCCGAAAAUAAAGUGACGUAUUUUACCCAAAGGCUGAAGGAGCUCAGUGAUUCCUCACCUAGAAGGAUCCCUUUGCCUGCUCAGAUUUUUCUGGAAUCCUGUGCCCAAAGCGCAAAGCCCGUGUCUCUUCCCAGCCUGAAGCUGUAGCAACACCGAAGAUCUCUCCUGCAAAAGAGAUUUUCUCUCUCUCUCUCCAGGAAAUCAAGUGUAAGUGCUGGACUUCCUACAGCCGGCUCGCUAAAAGUUCAUCGACUUUGGAGAUCUUUGCAUUCCUAAAAGAUUAAAGGAUCCAUGAGCCUCCUGGAUACUCUUGGGUAGCUUAAGAUUUUUUUUAAUUUCUAUUUUAGCUGGAUCGAGUCCCUGGGCUUGAUCGUUGGGCCUUGCCCAUUGUUGACAUUCCAGACCGAGCUCUCUUUGAGGUCUAUGGUCCCCUCUGCCAAAGCUUCCAGCUGUACCUUCACCUGUGUUUAGAAUUUAUUACCAAGGAGGCCAUCAGGGUGCCAAGUUCUCAGGGCGGCCAAUAUGUUCAGCUGGAUGAAGAAGAACGAGAAGAAGAUCCCCGAGGUCAUCCGUACGGUUACCGAGGGUUUGAAAGACCUCUACAAGAGGAAGCUCCUACCUGUGGAAGAAUUUUAUCGCUUCCACGAUUUUCACUCGCCGGCUCUGGAAGAUGCCGACUUUGACAACAAGCCCAUGGUAUUGGUGGUGGGCCAGUACUCCACCGGCAAAACCACCUUCAUUAAAUACUUGCUGGAGCAAGAUAUCCCCGGGAGCCGAAUCGGACCUGAACCCACCACGGACUCUUUCAUUGCUGUCAUGCACGGCGAAACGGAGGGGAUCAUACCGGGCAAUGCCCUGAUUGUUGACCCCAAAAAGCCCUUCCGAAAACUCAACCCUUUUGGAAACACCUUCCUCAACCGGUUUAUGUGCGCCCACUUGCCCAACCAGGUCCUCGAAAGCAUCAGCCUCAUUGACACGCCGGGCAUCUUGUCGGGAGCUAAGCAGCGGGUCAGCCGAG